AUGCUUUGCGAAUGCCGCCCACAGGUGGUGAUCUCCUUGGGCGCCUUGCUCAUCAUUGUUUGGGUGGUUCGACUGUUAGCCGUUCAUGAUGGCGUCUUAACACUGUUGUUCGAGGGAUCCAACAGACAACAGGCCGAGAGUGUGUUCGUCACACAGGCGAUGAAGGUCGAGUUCCCUGCCCCGAUCGACUACAAGCCUAUCCAGGAAGUAUGCGCCAGGACACAAUUCCGGCCGGGCUUGAUAUUCAGCUGUGAAGGGCAGCACGGCGGCAUUGGCAUGUUGCGCAACCAGAUCCUCAAAUGCAUACGGUAUGCAAUCCACGGCGGGGGCGCGCUCGUCAUUCCUUCGAUAACUCUACGAAACGCUGGCGACCUGUCCGACAUUGAAUCCGGCAAACAGAUGUCCCUCGAUUAUCUAUUAGAUAGAGAGGCCUUCAUCACCCACCUGACAGAGGGAUGCCCGGGGAUGCACCUAUAUGAGCGCGCAGAGGAUUUCCCUUAUUACAGCCAGCGGGCACGUGAGCCUUUGACGAUAGUUGGAGACCAGUUCGAGCCUAGUCACCCGCGGGAGGGACUCAGACACCCCCGUGAAUGGCGGAACUUCUUCGACAACUGGUUAGACCAGCAGUCUGUGAAGCUUCGGUCUGACAUCCCAGUGCACGUCAAGUUCGAGCAAUCUUUCCUCGAGUAUCCUGUGCGUGACGAUGGCGAAGCCUUUGUUCACGAGUUUGGCAAGAUCCUUUCCUUCCGCAAGGAUACACGUGCUCUGGCCGCCAAGGUGCUCUUUGAACUGAAGGAGAGGUUUGCGCUGCCCAUCGAUCCAGCGAAUGCCAUUAAUCCCAACACCUUUUAUGGCGCUCAUUUGCGGCUUGAGGAGGAUGCCAUCUGGGCGUGGCCACCAGACGAAUGGCGCUAUUCGCGCAUGGAAGAGCAAUUCGGGGAGCAGUUCCAGAACCUAGAGCGUGCCGGCCUUGACGUGGUUUACGUCACGUCCGGGAACCAGACUGUGGUUGAUUUAUUCACCGAGGCCCUGAACAGACGCCUCGCGGCCAGCCCUAGUUCAGACAAGAAGAACGUGACGGUGGUGACCAAGUACGACCUGCUCAAAGGCAAAGACCGUCAGCUACUCGAUAGCUUCACCUUUGAUCAACAAGCCCUGGUGGACUUUAUGAUGAUGUUCAAGGCGAGCGCGUUCAUGGGUGUUGCGCACUCCAGCUUCCCCUGGAACGUGGCACUGCGGAGGCACGAGCUAAGCAAGUAUGUGGACUAUGCCAAUGAAGGCUCGGAUCUAUUGAGGGAUGAGUACAGUAUCAUCAUGGGAAUGGCCGCCGACUAUCCACAUGUUGACCCGUUUGUAUAUGCCAUAUGGCCAUAA